GUUAUCAACGGCGGCAGCCACGCUGGCAACAGGCUGGCUUGCCAGGAGUUCAUGAUCCUCCCCGUCGGCGCCAAGUCCUUCAAGGAGGCGAUGAUCAUCGGGGCCGAGGUCUACCAUAACCUGAAGACCGUGAUCAAGAAGAAGUAUGGCCAGGAUGCCUGCAACGUCGGCGACGAGGGCGGCUUCGCGCCCAACGUGCAGGACAACAACGAGGCGCUGGACGUGCUGAUGGAGGCCAUCGAGAAGGCAGGCCACACGUCGAAGGUGAAGAUCGGCACCGACGUGGCUGCCUCGGAGUUCUACGUGGCCGAGACGAAGAUGUACGAUCUGGAUUUUAAGAACCCCAACAGCCCGCCGGAGUGAAG